AUGAAGCUGUAUUAUGAACGUUGUGUUCGACAGCUUCUAAGCUUGUGUGCGUCAAUAAUAGUGUAUAUUUCCAGUAAGCUUGAAUCAGUAAGCAAACAAGAUUGGGAAAAACUUUACUCAAAAGAUACUAUUCCAUCAGUAGCCUUUCUAGCUUUGAAAAAUCAAAAUAAUCUUAGAAGUAUUUCUAUUGAUAAGAAUGGAUAUGAACUAACCAAUGAUAGAAAUCUGUUAAAUAACCCUUCACGUUUAAGACAUCUUUCUAGAAAAGUGAAGAGAAGAAUUGAUGGAAGGGAUGUUUUGGAGGAACCAAAUUAUCAAUUUAUUGUAAAAAUCAAAGAUGGAUCAUCUAUUGAAAAUACGUUCAUAAGAGAAAAUAACGUCUUGUCUGCUAACAUUUACUCUGUUGUUACUACAGCAAGUCAUGUUACAGAAAUUGUCAAUAAUAAUGAAAUUGAGUGGAUUGGAGAGUAUGAAUCUAGAUUUAAAUCAACUUUUGAUUUCCAAAAAUUGCAGUCUUUGGCUUUUGAAAGAAAAAGAACCCCUCCAAAAAGAUCGUUGAGAAAUGUCAGUAAUUCGACAAGAAUUUCUCAAACAUUCGAGCAAUCAAACCUGAUUAGAUUUGUUAUUUCAGUCAUUCCAUCUGUUCAAUCUAUCACAUUGGGAACUCAACAACAAGAAACUGAGAAAUUGGUGAAUGAAAUCAAUACAAUACUUUCUAAAAAGUAUGUGAAAGAUGUUGAUUUUGCGCCAAUGAUCCUUGUUUCUGAAAAUGUGUGUGAAAUUGCAUUUUCACCAUUCAUUGCUUCCUAUGUUGGAUAUAUUCUCACUUCUCAUCCUAAUAUUCACUUUGUUCAAAGAAAGUUGUCCCUUAGUAUUUCUAACAAACAUUCCCUCGAGAUUGUUCAAUCUGCUCAUCCAUCUCUUCCUCACGAAACUCCAUUUUACAAUAUGGGUAUUUAUGGAGCUGAUCAGAUUGUAGCCGUUGCUGACACUGGGCUUGACUAUGAUCAUUGUUUUUUUACUGAUAACAAUCAUUCAGGGGCUCCAACCUCCCUUAAUUUGAAUAGAAGAAAGGUAGUUAGGAUUAGAACCGCUUAUUCUGGUGAUGCUACUGAUGUUACUGCUGGACACGGAACUCAUGUUGAUAAAGCUCCUUUUAGUGCUGGUGAUUCUGUUACAAACGAUGAUUGUAAAACCCUGUUUGGAGUUGACACUUGUUGUGAUGUUUGUAAUACCUAUGAUGAUUAUGCCCAAAAGUUUGAUCAAUUUAUUUGGAGCCAUCAAGAUGCAACAGUUUUGAUUGCCCAAGGAAAUGAUGGGCAAUUAUCCAGAUUUGGAAACCUUGGUAAGGUCCAGCUAUUGGAGGAAGAAUUAAACCAGAUUGCUGGAGGUGCUCUAUUAUUGAGAGAAUAUUUUAUCAAGAAGCUUGGAAUUUCAGCUCCAAGUGGACAUUUAAUUAAGGCUGCAAUGAUUCAUAGCUCAGUUCCUCUGAAUGGUAGUGUUGCUUAUUCAGACGAUGAAUUCCAAAGAUUCAGUAUUAGUGAAGCCUUUGGAACACCAAACUUUUAUGAAGGAUUUGGAAAAAUUCAACUCGGAAGUCUUUUUAGUGAUGAAAAAGGAAGAAAUGUAACACUAUCUAUUUCUCAAGAAUCAUUUACCAAGUCAAACCAAACAUUAAGAUCGUGCUAUAGAUUGAAGAAGAACGUAACUGAAUCAUCAACAUUCAGAUCAACCCUUACUUGGUAUGACUAUUCUUCAAGUACUUCAGUAUUGCCAAACAUUAUCAAUAACUUGGAUUUGAUUGUAAAUGUAUACAAUUUGAAUAGUGAAACCUCAGAAUACUCAUCUUCACGUGUAUUAUACGGAAAUGGUGGCUCCUCUAUUGAUACAAAGAAUAAUGUAGAGAGAGUAACAGUGCAAUCAAUUCAAAAUGUUCAAGAUCCUGAAAGCAAUAUCAUGCUGAGUGUUCAAGUGUUGAAUAGUGGUAUCACAGGUUCUUCUCAACCAUUUACCUUACUUUCUUCCUUUGUGGCUGAAUAUUGGGAAACUCUUCCAACAGAAGAUUGCCUUUUUGAAGUUGUUCCACAAGAAUCUUCAAACACGUCAACAACCAAUUCAACUCUCUCAAAUUCUACAGUUACUGAUAAUACUACUCAAAUCUUCCAAAAUUCUACAGACACUUUAAACAGUACAGAAAAUUUGAAUAGUACAGACACUUUGAAUAAUACAAACACUGAUAACAGUACACUUACAAACACUACAACAACAGAUAAUGCUACCAGUGUUGUGAACUCUACAGAUUUGAAAAAUUCCACAAGUUUCAAUGAGACAGAAAUAGAUAAUGUCAAUGCUACUCACUGUUAUGGUUAUGCUGACACAAGUCGUCAUGUUUGUUCAUCUAAUGGGUUGUGUAUUGCAGAGAAUAAUUGUUCUUGUUUCGAUGGAUAUUAUGGAGAUAAUUGCGACUUCCCCAUUUGCUUUGGAAGUUAUAAUCAAACUGAGUCAUGCUCUGGACAGGGAGUUUGUAUAGCUGCUAAUUCUUGUAGAUGUAAUAGUGGUUUCAAAGGAGAGGAUUGUUCUGUUAUUACUUGUAAUGGUAAAUCUGAAGAGGAGGGAGGUUGCACCCAUCAUGGAUCUUGUGUUGGUCAUGUUUGUGUUUGUGAUGGUAACUUUGAAGGAGUUUCAUGCUCGAGAUGUAAAGCAGGUUUCAAUGGCUCAAAUUGUGAUAUUCCUAUUUGUAAUGGGUUAUUGUCCACUAAUAAGGCUGUUUGUUCUUCUCGUGGUACUUGUGAUGUUGGUUUGAGCUUAAUGCCAGAAUGUAAUUGUACUAAUGGUUAUUCUGGUUUGAAUUGCGAGUUUACUUCUUGCAAUAAUGUUAAUUCUUCAAGACCAAGUGUUUGUGGUGGAAGAGGAAAAUGUGUUAAUUUUGAAGAAUGUACAUGUAAAGGAAAUUAUGAUCCUCAACAAUAUUGUGAAAGGUGUCUUCCAGAAUUCGCUGGUACCCAUUGUAAUCACAGUGUUUGUUAUGAUAACGUAACAUGUAACUCACACGGUGCUUGUAAUAUUGAGGCUGAGUGUGAAUGUUUCGGUAACUGGACAGGAUCCAAUUGUGACCGUUGUAAGGAAGGAUUUGUUGGUGCUGACUGUAAUAUAGAAUGUCUUGCAAGCAAAACAUGUAGUAAUAGGGGUACUUGUAAUGAUGAGGGAACUUGCUCUUGUAAUCCUCACACAAUCGGUGACAGCUGUAACUCUUGUGAGGAGGGAUGGUAUGGAAAUGAUUGCAAUUAUGGUAUUGACUCCAAUUCCUUUGGAUUUAAUUCUAAGGGACAUAUUAUUUAUGGUACAAUUUUCUCAACUUUCAAUCAACAAGUUGCUUGUGGUAAUGUGAUUAUUGAUAUUUCUAUGCUUGGAAGCAACCCAACUUGUAUUUUGAAUGGCACAAAGAGUACUCUUCAAAUUAACUUGGGAUCUUCUCCAACAAUAGUAAUUGGAGACACAAUCUUGCUUCGCACAUAUCCAGGAUCAGCAAGCAUUGUUAGUGUCAAUGUUACCCAAAAAGAUUAUAUAAUUGUUCCACCUGUUGCUAGUGUAAAAUCUGAUAAGAGCUCUAUUGGAAUAGGAUGUGGAACUGUAACAUUUAAUGCAUCUGCAUCUACUUCAUCAGAUGGUAGAAAGUUAACUUAUUCUUGGUAUGCAAUUUCUGCCCCAAGCGAAAGUUCACGCUCAACUUUAAAUAAUCUCAUCAACAAAUCAAUAACAUCUAGUGUUACAUUCUCACCUGAUACAUUAAUUGUGGGUACUUACAAAGCACAAGUGAAGGUAACAAGCUCAUUCUCUGGAAACUAUUCAACAGCUAUUGUUUCCUUAACUGUAACGGAAAGGGCUUUACCUCAACUUACAAUUAAAGAAGGUGUUGAAACUAGUUUCAUGAUUGGAAGUACAGCUAUUAUCACACCAGAUAUUACAUUCCCUGUUUGCUACGAUGCAUCCCAAACUGUGACCUAUGUCUAUAAGUUGAAUACUACAACUUCAGCUGAUAACGUUGUAAUUAAGCAAGAUGGACAAUUUUUGGUAUUCAGUGAUAGUUUCACUAAACUUACAAAAGAAGGAGACUAUUAUUUUACUCUUUAUGCUGCUGGUGUAUCUAUUUCAUUCAAAGUGACUGCUAAGGCAACACCUCUUAAGGUCUCUUUCAAUAUUGGGGAUAUGUCUCAAUCAUAUGAAGAUGAUGUUAACUUUAUUGUUUAUUUACAAGAUCCAAGUGAUUCAACUGGAACUACAGGUUCUUUGGCUCUCACUUGUUAUGAAGUGGACACCUCUGGAUCGUGUGAUGGUUUCAGUUCUGCAAGUUACAAAUUUGCUUCCAGUAUUACAUUUAAUCGUGCUAUGCAACCUGGUAAUUAUUACUUUACUGCUAAAUUCAGCAAGGGAACAAGAACUAUGGCUGCUUCACUAAAAGUUAAGGUACUUAAUGUGGCCAAAUCAACUGUUUUACGUGUUGUCAUUGUAACUCCAAGUGAUGUCUCUACUUCUGUCAUUGAUCCAACUAGUGAUCUCACCUUAGAAGCCUCUUCAAAGGAUACCCUUUCAUCUUCCAGAACUUAUCAAUGGUCAAGUUCAAAUCUUGUGUUACCAUCCACCUCCAACAAGUACCUUGUCAUUUCCAAAUCAUUACUUUCUGCAGGAAAAACUUACACUGUCAAUUUGAAGAUAACAGAUGGCUCCAAGUCUGGAUCAACUUCUCUUACAUUUACAACAAAUUCUCCUCCAACUGCUGGAACCUUUGCAAUCCUUCCUUCAACAGGUGUAACAUUGGUAGAUCUUUUUGAACUUAAUUGUGCAAGUGGAUGGACUGAUGUACACUUACCUCUAGGCUAUAAGUUUAUGUAUAGGAAGAAGGGUAGCAGUGAUGACUGGAUGGUUUUAUCUGCUCUUUCAGAAAAGAAUAGCAUUUCCACCUACAUGCCUGUUGGCAUUUGGCAAGUAAAGGCAUUAGUUUCUGAUUACUAUGGUGCAACAUCAGAAUCCAUUUCAGAGGUAACUGUUACAAAACCUCAAGAUGUGGCUUCCACUAUUGAGUCUCUCAAAAUAAUUCAACAAGGAACAGUUUCAGUUUCAACUGUUUCAUCAGUGUUAUCUUUGAUUCAAACUACCACAACUCAAACAGAAUCACAAAAGCAAGCUUUGACACAAUCUGGUACCACCUUUAUUCAAAAAUUCUUUACUCAAAUUGAAUCAGAGGAAACAUUUACAUCAGUCACUCCAGCCUCUAUUUCUUCAACAAUAUCUGUUGUAUCUUCAAUUAGUAACUCACUAAGCUACUUGGAAGAUACUGCUGUUUCGUAUGGUAUUAAUAAGUUCUCAGAAUCAAUGGCAAAAGUUAAUGAAAAGGACAGUAUUAUCAUGAAGUCCAGUGAUAUUGAUUCAAGUAUUAAAUCUGUAGAUACUUUCAAGACAUAUAUUUCUGCCAAGGUCUCUACAAGAUCUUUAAAUUCUUUCUCUUCCUCUGACUUGAAGACUAUUCAAACAAUUUACAACAAUCUUGUAGACAUUAAACUAAAGACAUUGGUUGCUGAUAUGCCUGCUGUUAGAGUUACAGGUGUUAAUUCAUACAGAUAUGCCAGACUGGUCAGUACAAUUACACUUAAUGGAUUAUCAGAAAAUGUUACACAAUCAAGUGCUCAACCAUUUACUCUCAGUUCAACAUUCAGCUCACUUAGUGAAUUACAAGGAGUUGAAAGUGUUACAUUGUCAAUGAAUUCAUACAAGAUGUCUAAUACCUCACUCUUACUUGCUACUAAGGCAUUAGAUUUCAAGAUUCUAGUUGAUAGUACAUCAAAAAACAUUAUUUCAAGUUCUAAUAUUGCUCAAUUAUCUUUGGAGAGAGUAUCCGGAGCUAGAUCAGCUAAGACAGGAACAGUUCUUGAAUGUAGAGUAGAGACAUCUUCAGGUAUAUUCUCAAAGGCGUCAAAUUGCACAAUUAAUUCAUCAAACUCAAAUACCAUAGUAAUUUCUGUUAAAAGUACUGGUAUUUAUUUGGUGGUUAGUAGUCAAGAUACAACACCAACACCUGCAACAAGUGUUAACCCAACAACAAGCGUACCAAUGGCAUCUAAUAUUGAUUAUAGUAUUACCUAUAUCAUUAUUGCAGGUUCAAUUAUUGGAGCAGUCAUUUUAAUUUCAAUCAUCUCUAUAACUUUACUGUUCUGUAUUCUAUCAAGAUUGCUUAGUAGAAAGAAGAGAAGAAAGGAUGCCAAGAAACAAAUGGAAUUGCAAACUAUUGAAGUUACAAAAUUCCAAAACAUUCUUCGCCCUCCAUCCAAUUAUUCUCUUUCUUACAGUAAUAACAACUCACCAAGACCAGCUAAUUUUACCUCUCCUAGAUAUUAA